AUGGCUGUCCACCUGCUUGCCACCACCCGCCUGACUGAGGCUGUUCGCCAGCUGAUCCUGAGCCAGCACUUCCCACGCCACAAUCAGCACCUCACUGAGCAGGAGUAUGGCGGCCUACUCGCCGUCCCGCCCAUCUGGCCAGCGUCACCCGUUUUCUCCCCAUACGCAGUGACGCAUGGGGGUUAUUCGCAGGUCCGCAUCGACGGUAUCAAGUACGUGGAUCACUUUCGCGGCUCAUCAUGGCGAGUUGCACGCCGACCAAGACGUCAGCCACACCGUGUACCUCGGGGCCAGGACGGCCUGGAACAUCAAUCCCCGACAUCUGGUGCAAGAGACGAACGAAGUGAACCAGGGUCGUAA